UGGUCUGGUGGUCUUAUCUCUCUCAACGAAUCAUCAUCGUGCACGCACCCAAAGAGAGAGAGAGAUCCAUUUCCCAAUUUGGGCCGCCACUAGAAUAAUCUUCGGUCAUCGCUGUCGUCAUCAUCCGCAACUAACCCUCUUUUCUCCGCAUCUUCUUCUUCAUCAUAAAGGUCGAAGAUCGUGAUUAAAAACAAAAAUCUACACAAAGUCUAGAUUUUGAGAUAAGGGUUAUCUUCAGAGAGACAUGUCUUCCAUCAAUCUCUCCUCCUCCUCUCCUUCCACCCUCUCUCUCUCCGGCUCCAGAUUGAGCCAAACUUCUUCCACUACUACACUGAUCCACCACCGUGUUACUUUCCCAUCUAACCACCACACACCUUCGUUUUCAUUUAAAACCACUGGAAAAGCUAAAGCCUCAGUGGUCUCUAGAGAAGAUGAUCUCCUUCUCUCUUACACCAACGGAAACCCUCCCAUCGAAGAUCCGUUACAAGCAGAUUCAGUAUCCCUUGGAACACUUUCUCCUUCGGAUUCACCUAAUGCACCACCCAACGGUUUCGUCGCUGAAGAUGAUGACUUUGAGUUGGACUUACCCACGCCUGGUUUCUCCUCCAUCCCUGAGGCCAUUCAAGACAUUCGCCAAGGAAAGCUUGUGGUGGUUGUGGAUGAUGAAGACAGAGAAAACGAAGGUGACUUAGUCAUGGCUGCUCAGUUAGCUACACCUGAAGCUAUGGCCUUUAUCGUCAAACACGGAACCGGGAUCGUCUGUGUCAGCAUGAAGGAAGAUGAUCUCGAGAGGUUGAACCUUCCUCUUAUGGUCAACCAAAAGGAGAACGAAGAGAAGCUCUCCACUGCCUUCACAGUCACUGUCGAUGCAAAACAUGGUACGACUACAGGAGUUUCAGCUCGUGACAGGGCAACAACGAUACUCUCCCUUGCAUCCAGAGACUCAAACCCUGAAGACUUCAACCGUCCAGGGCAUAUCUUCCCGCUCAAGUACCGAGAAGGAGGUGUUUUGAAACGAGCUGGACACACCGAAGCCUCCGUUGAUCUCACCGUUUUAGCUGGACUUGAUCCCGUUGGAGUGUUGUGUGAGAUCGUUGAUGACGAUGACGGCUCCAUGGCCAGAUUACCAAAGCUACGUCAGUUCGCAGCCGAGAAUAGCCUCAAGAUUGUAUCGAUUGCUGAUUUGAUCAGAUACCGAAGGAAGAGAGAUAAGCUAGUGGAGCGUUCCUCUGCGGCUCGGAUCCCAACGAUGUGGGGACCUUUCACGGCUUACUGCUACAAGUCUAUACUAGACGGGAUAGAGCACAUUGCGAUGGUUAAGGGAGAGAUAGGUGAUGGUCAAGACAUUCUCGUGAGGGUUCAUUCUGAGUGUCUCACGGGAGACAUAUUUGGAUCGGCGAGGUGUGAUUGCGGGAACCAGCUCUCUCUUUCGAUGCAGCAGAUCGAGUCUAACGGUCGCGGUGUGUUGGUUUACUUGCGUGGACACGAAGGAAGAGGGAUUGGUUUAGGACACAAGCUCCGAGCUUACAAUCUGCAAGAUGCUGGUCGUGACACGGUUGAAGCUAAUGAGGACUUGGGACUUCCUGUUGAUUCUAGAGAGUAUGGGAUUGGUGCACAGAUGUUAAGGGACUUGGGAGUGAGGACGAUGAAGCUGAUGACGAAUAAUCCGGCAAAGUACGUUGGUCUGAAGGGAUAUGGAUUAGCCAUUGUGGGAAGAGUGCCUCUGUUGAGUCUUAUCACAAAGGAGAAUAAGAGAUAUUUGGAGACGAAGAGGACUAAGAUGGGUCACAUGUAUGGCUUGAAGUUCAAUGGUGAUGUUGUGGAGAAGAUUGAUAAUGAUGCUGAAACCAACGAGUCUUGAGUUCAAAGCUCGAGAAGCAGGAUGAACCGAAUCAAACCAAACCGGGAAGACGUAUACUUUAAAAAAGAAAACAGGAAAGACAUUUAUUUGGAAAGAGCAAGGCAAGAAAAUACUUUGAUAACUUGAGGAAGUUGAUUGGAUUGGUUUUAUAUUCUUUAGUAUGAUCUUUAUCUGAUUUUUUUUUACAAUUUAACGAAUUCUUCAGCAUUGUUACUUUCGAGUUGAGUAGUUUGCAUUUGAUUUGUUAAACUGUGAACUGUGGAGCUUUGUACUGUACAAUUUAUUUCUAAUAAAAGCAUUUUCUCUUACAAA